GCACACCUCCCGAGAUGUGACCCCUACGAGCGGAACUCACCGAGGCGAACCUCGCUGCUCUCCAGUGUUAACAAUAAUCGUCCGGGGGAACGAGCCACACGCGGGCGCUUCCUCGGGGGUCGGCCAUGGUGAUCCCCUCGAUCAGGAGCGCGACCAACGCUCGAUUCCCCCUCCUCCUCUUCCACCAAUCUCAGCUUCCUGCGAUGACUAGGUCGGUGCGGUUGAGGAAGUUCGAUGGUCGAUCGGGCAGAAGCUCGGUGUUCGCUCGGUACUCUCAAUCGAGGGAUAUUUCCACUCGAUUACAAGAUAGCAUGGAGAACUUUCCCAAGCUGGUUGAAGACAUCAUUCAAACAUCAAUUAACACAGGGCCCAGAGGCGCACUUAGACUAGCUCAAGGCAUUCAGGCUGUUAUUGGAGUUGGUGGGGAGUGGCUUACUGAUGUAUCCAAGACAGCAAAUACAUCUUCAGGACUGCCGUCUGGAAUGCAGCUUGGAUUGCUUUCACCCAUUUACUUGCGAAAGUUAUUUGAGCGCAUGGGAGCAACAUAUAUCAAGUUGGGACAGUUCAUUGCAUCUGCACCAACAUUGUUUCCUGCAGAGUAUGUUCAGGAAUUUCAGAACUGCUUUGAUCGUGCUCCAGCAGUGCCUUUCCAUGAGAUUGAAGUGACAUUGAAUGAGGAACUGCAGAGGCCACUAGAUAGCAUCUAUGAAUAUAUUGAUCCAGUUCCAAUUGCCUCAGCAUCUAUAGCUCAGGUUCAUGGUGCACGACUCAAAAAUUCGCAGCAAGAAGUUGUGAUAAAGGUCUUAAAGCCUGGUAUUGAAGAUGUACUAGUUGCUGAUCUGAAUUUUGUUUAUGUUGUUGCUCGCGUCUUGGAGUUCUUAAACCCUGAACUUCGCCGAACAUCUCUGGUAGGCAUUGUGAGAGAUAUAAAGGACUCGAUGCUUGAAGAAGUUGACUUCCGAAAAGAAGCUGCAAAUAUUGAGUCUUUCAGGAGAUACUUGGAAAAGAUGGGACUUGAGAAGCAGGCCAAAGCUCCACAGGUUUAUCAACACUGUAGCACACGCCGUGUUUUGACAAUGGAGAGACUUUAUGGAGUUCCUCUCACUGACCUUGAUUCCAUAAGAUCUUUAGUUCCGGAUCCUGAGAUUACUUUAGUAACUGCACUUAACGUCUGGUUUGGUAGCUUGAUAGCAUGUGACAACUUCCAUGCAGAUGUGCAUGCAGGAAACCUAUGGUUGCUUCGUGAUGGCCGUAUUGGUUUUCUUGAUUUUGGAAUUGUUGGACGAAUAUCUCCAAAGACUUGGGCUGCUAUGGAGGCAUUUUUGGCAUCCUUUGCAAAUGAAGAUUAUGAAGCUAUGGCUUCAUCAUUGAUUGAAAUGGGUGCCACAGAGAAAGAUGUAGAUGUUAAAGCCUUUGCAAGAGACUUGGAGAAGAUCUUUUCAUCAAUACAGGAUCUAGAUACUGAAAUUGUUGUUGCAACAGCAAGAGGGCCAAAUGCAGCAGCUAUCUCUGCAAAUGUGGUGGUUGACGAGAGGCAGAUGAAUGCAUUGUUCCUUGAUGUGGUGAGGGUAAGCGAGUCAUACGGGCUGAAAUUUCCUCGCGAGUUUGCACUUCUUAUGAAGCAACUUCUGUAUUUCGAUCGUUAUACUCGACUGCUUGCUCCCACUAUGAAUAUGCUCCAGGACCAGAGGAUCACUAUUGUAUCAAACCGGAGACUGAGAAGCGCAGGAGAGCUGUCAAGGAGUUCUGGUUUCUAGAUAGGAGGUGGCCUAAGCGAUUACCAAGUAUCUCAUACCUGCAACUGCAAAAUAAAAGCCUUCAAAUUCCCUAAUUUGCUGGAAUAGAUUGUCAUGUUAUAGCCUCCAUGUAAAUAAUUAUUUAUUCUCAUAUCAAGAUCCAACACAGGUAUUCUAAAUGUCUCUGCUUCGAGGA